AUUGACAAAUAUAAAUUUAGUGAGUAUCGUGUUUUAACGAAUGGAAAUUUUAAUUUUAGAUGUUCUAAUAAAAAAUGUCCUGCAAGUGUUAUUGUUAAUAAAUUAAAUAAAAUAAUAAAAGUAACCAACUCUCAUAAUCAUGAAGAGUAUAAUAAUCGAACAAUGACGAGAGAAAUAAUCAGAAGUACUUUUAAAUGUAGUGCAGAAAACGAUUUGUACAUAAAAUCAAACAAAUUAAUUUGCCGUGAGUUACUAAAUACAGAGAAUUUUACAACAAAUUUAGAACACAGUGAUGUUAAAUUGCUACGAAGAUCAAUGUAUGAAAAUAGAAAAAAACACUAUCCAAAUUUACCAAAAUCUUUUGAAGACGCAAGAAAUCAACUGAUCAACAUGCAAAAUGACAUUCAAUACCAAGGUAAUAAAUUUUGUUUUCUCGGUGAUGAUAAAAACAUAUUUAUAUUUACUUGUGAAAAAAAUUUGGAAUUACUUAAAUAUUCUGAACACGUGUUUGGGGAUGGAACUUUUUCAUUUGCCCCUAAUCAUUUUGUCCAACUUUAUACGAUCCACGUUUUUCAAAAUAAUUUUUAUGUACCCCUUGCUUAUUGUUUUUUACGUAACAAGCAUACAAACAGUGGCGUGGCGAAGUAGAUUUUUUGGGGCAACUGCCCCUAGUACAACCCAGGGGUGGGUGGGUGCUUAUGUUAGUGGGUGAUAUCUAAGGGUAAAUAAUAUAUUAAUUUACCUUUAUGACAUUUGUCAUUCAACUGCAGUAUACUAUUCUAGAAUUCUUAUUUACUAUUAUUA